AUGUACCGUUCCAAGACGGGUGCUGCCAACCGGGGCAGCAUCCUGAGCACCCUCAAAGCGACUGAGAUGCUGGAUACAAAAGCCAGUCUUCCUGCGGAGAUCUUGGUGACCAUCCUUGACUACCUACCAGUCGCCGAUCAGAUGCGCUUCGCCCGAGUAUCACACCGCAUGCGAGAUAUGGUAUACGACGAUACACGGUGGGUUUCCAGAUUAAAGAGUAUGGACUGCUGGGACGAAAUCGAGGCUCGGCGUCGAUUCGAAGAGGCGGUGCGACGAAGACGAGAAUCUGCCAACAUCGCCGCAAAACAGGCCAAAGGAAUUGCGGUCCCUGCGCAACCUGUGGGAACAACGCUAUUCGAUGCGUCGUUGGAGGAGGCCAAGAAUCGUGCUGUGGCUGAUAUUCGUGAUGGGUUCGAAACAAUGGCGGUGGGGGCUUCGACCAACCCCGAUGAAGACCCCGCAGCAUAUUUAGAUGUCUUCAAGAAAGUGAAGAGUAUUCGAGGUGGCGCAAGGCAUGAGUAUGGAAAGAUUUACGGUGCAUUGGCACCUUUCUACUUUGAUCUUGCGAGGGCCAAGUCUCAUGCGGAUCCCAUCAUCUUCCAGGCGUUUCGCGAUCCGGAGAAGCAAGCGCAAAUGCUCGCUAAUCUGAAGAGGUUCGCUCAUAGUGAUUGGUCUCCUGGAUGCCAUGACCGAGAAGAGAAACUGUCGAGUAUGAUGGGCAUUUUUGAGAGUGCGGUUCUUCGAGAGUUCGAGCAAGGUUACGAAUUCUGGGAUGUGGACGGUCGAAUGCAUCGUUAUGCACAUGUCUUGCAUACGCUUGACGGCGCGACGGGGGGCGUCGACCUCUUCAUUCAUAAGCACCCUAUCUUCAACGACAAUGAGUUAUUGGUGGUAAACCCCAUGGACUGUCUUAACAAGGCGACAGAGGAGGAACACAUCGUACUCGAACCUUCACGGCUAUUCUUCGAGAUGCUGCUUGCCAAGGUCAAUGAGCAAGCUUCGGUCAUGGAACGCAUCUUUCCCGAGCCUGCAAAGGUAUUCUGGAGUUUUGUGGAAAAGGUGAGGGAGGAUAUUAUCAUGGAAUAUGCAACACCGUUAUUCGAUGAAGCCCACGAACGUACUAUGGCAGCCUAUCUAAAGGCCGUGUCCGGUGUUUUCGAGCAGACACUACUAUUCUUCCAAUCCCUUACACCCCCUGAGGGAUCAAAGAGGGAUGUUAAGGAGAUGGCAAAGGAGCUUUCAUUACGCGUCUUCGAACCUCACCUCGACCUAUACCUUCAAGCUGAGUUGGAAUUCUUUACAGAUCAUGCUGAGACAGAAGUCGCGAGCUGGGAGAAGAAGCUUUCCGAACAGGAUUCGACUCUCGAGUCUUUCUACAUGUCAAACAUCAACCGUUCGGCCGAUAAGAAGGACUUUUUGAGUUCCUUCAAAAAAGUCGUCAUGAUGCCAGUUACUGUCCUUCCCAGCUUUCCCAAAGGCUCCCCUUUUGCAACAAAUAAACCUUCAUCGACGAAGCCAGCAAUGUCGGCGUCUAAAGAGUUGAAUGGCACAGGGUCGUUAACACCUCAGCCUUCACGACCUGAGACACCUAGCUUGGGUCUCGAUGGCCGAGGAAGCCCCUUACCUGCUCAGGCACCCACAGACGAACUCGCAGCCAAGGCUGCUAUCAUGGCAUCAAAGCUGGAGGGUAUCAAGUCACUAUUUAGUAUUGAGGUCGCACUCAAUCUGGUACACGCUGCCAAAACUAGUCUAGGCCGUGCUUCUGUCUUUAUUAAUCUUGGCGGACAAGCCGGAGGAGAAGCGCGAGAGCAAUGCGCGACCAUAUUCGUGGUGUUGCUUCGAAUUCUCGGACAGAAGCACGUCAAGACGGGCUUUGACAUGGCUGUUGACCACUUAUCGCACUAUAACCCAAGAGAAGUUAAUGACCACAACAAAGCGGGUGUGGCACCUCUUGUUACUUUUAUCGAGCUCGUCAACGUAGGAGACUUGAUCUCGCAGAUGAUUGACGUCUUCUACGAGCAACAACUCGCUGCUCCCAAGAUCGCCGACCGCAACGAUUUCCUGGAUCCAGCAGGUCUGGCCAAGAAGAAGUUUGAGCAGAUGCUCGACGAGAGUGUUGCUGCUGGUCUCAAUAAGGGUAUCGAUGUCCUAAUGGACGAGGUUGAGUAUCUCCAAGGUACAACUCAACCGCCCACAGACUACAACCCGAUUGAUCCCUCAGCCCCUACCUCUUCCUCUGCCUUUGGCUCUGGAUUUGGUGGUGGCUCCAGCACCGUUGAGAAACCAGCCGCAUCCGCUGCAGAGCCUGACAUUGGCCCUACAGCCACAGCCAAACGUAUCGUUGAGCUUGUGUCAUCACAUACAAAAAUGUUAGUUGGUACGACUGACAAGUCUAUGCUUGAUGUAUUCAAUGGCGAGGUUGGUCUGCGCCUCUUUACAGCCAUCUGUAAACACCUCAAACGCCAACGUAUCAGCACCGAGGGCGCAAUCACUCUCAUCGCUGAUAUGAACAUUUACUACGAGUACAUUAGAACCCUGCGCAACGCAGAUCUGCUCGCCUACUUUGCUGCCCUGCGUGAGCUAAGUCAAAUCUUUCUCAUUGAUCCACGACACGCGCGCGAAAUGGCCACUGUUAUUGCGGAUGGCGACCGUUUUGGCGGUGUAUUCCGUGCCGAAGAAGUUUACGAGUAUGCGCAGAGGAGAGCGGAUUGGUACCAGGUCAGAAAGAGCGUCGAGAGAGCUAUGUAUGGAAUGGAGUGCUCGCUCAUGUGA